AUGCUUCCAUUCAUUACCCUGGCCGGCUUGGCCUUUGCCAACUUGGCGACUGCUAGCCCCUGCAAGCCUAUUCGCCAAACGACUGUCUCAUCCAUCGGGAGCGUCUCUACUACUGCCUCGUCUAUCGAAAGCGCUUCCAAGGUUUCAUCCAUCGAGAGCGAGUCUACUACUGUCUCAUUCGUCAACAGUGUCUCUACUACUGGCUCGUUUAUCGAGAGCGUCUCCUCCACAAUUUUAUCCAUCGAGAGCACUACCACAGUUUUGUCUGUUGAGGGCGGCUCGUCUACAAUUUCAUCCGUCGAAAGCGCCUCCACUACAGUUCUAUCCAUCGAGAGCGGCUCCACUGCUAUCACUUCUGUCGAAAGCGCCUCCUCUACAAUUGAAUCCAUCGAAAGCACCUCCACAGUUUUAUCUGUCGAGGGCGGCUCCUCCACGAUUUCAUCUAUCGAGAGUGUCUCCACAGUUCUAUCUACCGAAAGCGCCUCCUCCGCGAUUUCGUCAAUUGAGAGCGUCUCCUCCACAACUGUAUCCGUCGAGAGCGUAUCUACUACAGUCUCGUCUGUUGAGAGCACCUCCACCGUUUUAUCUGCCGAGAGCGCCUCCUCCACAGCAUCUGUCGCUACUGUUGCUACUACUAGCACGGAUUAUUCUGUAUCAGCCAUUUCCCAGAGCUCUGACUCUUCUGCUGCAGUCAUCUCCGAGACAUCAUCUGAGGCUACCACUCUGUCCACAGUUGUCGUCCAAGAGACUACUACCGCCGAGGCCAGCACGACUGAGGCCACCACAACUGAGGCUGCCAGCACGACUGAGGCUGCCAGCACGACUGAGGCUGCCAGCACGACUGAGGCUGCCAGCACCAACGAGGCUGCUAGUAGCACCGAGACUGCCACUACGACUAAGGCUGCCAGCACCACUGAGGCCAGUACCACCGAGGCUGCCAGCACCACCGAGGCUACCAGCACCACCAAGGCUGCUACCACCACCGAGGCCAGUACCACCGAGGCUGCCACCUCUUCAACCGAUAUUGGAACAUCCUCUGGCACCGCAACACUCACCAGUGAAACAGUUCUCCCAACUGCUGAUCAGUCAUGCGAUAACGGAGGCUUGGACUAUGCCAUUUAUGAGCAUACCUUCUACAACUCGAACCCUCCCUAUUUCUCAUCCUUCAACCCUACGUACUUCCACGAUGCCACUCCCACAUACACUGGUAUCACUGAGCGAAUCGGAAUCCAGCCAGGAACCAACUGGCAGAAUGCCUUUUCUAUCUACGAGGGCAGCCCAUCUCAGAAGUUCCAGUACAAGGCCGUCAACCACCAUGGAUUCCUCUAUGCGCCUGAGACUGGUACCUACGAAGUCACUGUACCAAACUCUGAUGAAAUCACCCUCGUCUGGUUCGGCGAAAAGGCCUUGUCAACAUGGACACGCGACAACGCGGAUCUUGAGCAGGACUACCCAGGCGGCACUUCCAAGUCUUUCCAGAUUCAUCUCCAAGCUGGGACCUACACUGCGUUCCGACUCUUGUGGGCCAAUGCUCAGGGAGAGCUCAACUUCAUCGCCGAGGUCAAGGCUCCUGGUGGACAGAUCAUUGUCAAUGGUGAUAGAGCUGACAACAAGUACCUUGUCCGAGAAGCUUGUGACAAGAGCACUCCAGCCUUCCCUAGCUUCUAG